CGCACCCCGAUUCAUCGGAGUCGAACCAUUUCUUAUAACAUAUAUCCCUGUCUUUUUCUGUCAGGCCCUCGAAAAGCUGACCCCAUGGAGUUUGCCGGCAGCAACGGCACCGCCCUCGUCAUAGGCGCGACCGGCUACAUCGGCCGGUUCGUGGCGGACGCAUGCCUCGAAAGCGGCCGCGCCACCUACGUCCUCAUCCGACCGGGCUCGGCGUGCCCUGCAAGGGCGGCCACCGUCCAUGCUCUCCGCGCGAAAGGCGCCAUCGUCGUCGAGGGAUCCGCAAGUGAUAAGGACCUCUUGGAGAGGACGCUGAGAGAGGAAGGCAUAGAGGUGGUUAUUUCCGUGAUGGGUGGCUCUCAAAUUCUCGACCAGCUCAACCUGCUCGACUCCAUCAAAGCUGUCGGUACCGUCAAGAGAUUUCUGCCAUCGGAGUUUGGGCACGACAUCGACAAGGCUAACCCUGUGGAGCCUGGCCUCACUUUCUACAAGGAAAAGAGGACCGUCCGCCGUGCCAUCGAGGCCAUGGGGAUACCCUACACCUACAUCUGCUGCAACUCCAUUGCCGGGUGGCCUUACCAUGAUAAUAUCCACCCUUCGGAGGUUACUCCGCCACUGGAUCGGUUCCAGAUCUAUGGGGACGGCAACGUUAAGGCUUUUUUUGUUGCCGGGAGUGACAUUGGCAAGUUCACAAUUAAAGCAGCAUAUGAUUUCCGCACUCUCAACAAAACCGUUCAUUUCCGCCCAACUUGCAAUGUUCUUAGCUUGAAUGAAAUGGCUGCUUUGUGGGAGACUAAGAUUGGACGGACCCUACCGAGAAUUACCUUAGCCGAGGAGGACUUGCUUGCCAUGGCAGAAGCGAAUUGCGUUCCAGCAAGUAUAGUUGCUGCUUUGACGCAUGAUAUAUUCAUUAAUGGCUGCCAAAUCAAUUUCUCAAUCGAUGGGUGCAACGAUGUGGAAGCUGCCAGCCUCUAUCCAGACAUCUCAUUUCGAACCAUUGACGAAUGCUUCGAUGACCAUGCAGCAAACCUAGUACUCAAGCAAGGCAAUAUGAUCACCUCACCCAAUUCUAUGGUGGACAGGGUGCCCGUUGCACCAACUUGUGCUUGAAAGCGUCCAAGACAUUGGCAGAAUGUACUUACAUUAGAGCUAUAUAAACUGCCGCCUUUACCACCAAAAAAAAAAAAAAAAAAGCGUCCAAGACAUCCUCUGUUCCCUAGCUGAUGGUAAGAGCAUUAGAGUUCCUUUUCUUAUGACAACAUGUCAUUUAGCUCGAUUUGUUAUAUCUGUGGGCCUAUUUGGCCAGCGUAUCAGUGGAGUUUGUAGCUAUUCAAUAAGCCAAAACUAUGUUGCACAAUAUUUAUGUAUCCUAAUAAAGUUGGAUUCCGAGAAUUUAUUA